AUGGGAAUUGAGGCCCCAGCGAACAAGGAGAAAGAUGACAUCCGAUGUCAUCGAACGCCAGCUGACGUGAUGACUUUGGAGAAGCAACUACAGCACAAGACUGCCAUAGUCAAGAGACACCAGGAGAUGGAUGAAAUCCUCAAGACUGCUGGUGUGAGGGCGACAGAUAGGGUUUACAUUGAAUCGCUGCUGUCAGUUUCCUCGAGAUAUCUGGAUGUCACUCUUCAAGACUCGCUAGAGGUCUCUCUGCGCGAUCUUGACAGGAGAGACGUGGGACAUGUCAGUGUUUCUAAAGUCUACAUGGCAUAUGAUGAAGCGAAGUCAAAGCCAUCGAAGAAAAUUCCUGAGAGUGGAGAGAAAAUUCUGUUGAAGGUAUUCAAGCAGAACGCCAGCGAGUUGCAACCAGCGGAGAUCGUGGACACAUACCUGGACAACGACAGGAGGGUCAAGUUCAUGCUCCGAUUGGCUGACUCGUCGUUGAGCGAAAACUUCAGGUCGAGGAUCUUCACUGAGAGCGAGAUUGCAGAUCCACACCAUGGGCUGAUGCAAGAAGACGUCAUUCCUCAGAGCAAAGAUUUGGCAUCAAUGAUAUCAGACAUCUUGCAAACACGUAAGGUUGCUCCCAACAUGCAACAAGUGUGUAGUAAGUUCAUCUUGAGUCAACCCUUCAAAGUCAGCAGCUGGGUGCAUGGGUUUGAGGACGAUGUGUUCGAGACCAUCUUGAUUCCUCUCAGCAAGUUUGAAAUCGACGCCCUGCUCAAGGCAGACCAGCAAAAGUUGGAGGAGACGCUGGUGGCUCGUAUAGAGGGUGAGAUUCUGCGGUUCAUAGAGACCUUCGGAGACAGUGAUGACGUCACGUCCAAGUUCGAGUCGAAUGUUGCAGAGAGUGAAGAGCCCAAGUCGUUGAUCUCUCGAUCCAUCAGCAGCAGAAGGAGCAGGUCGACCUCCCACAACGAUGACUUGCUCUCGAUGUCUUCUGCUGCUGUCACUCUCAACUCGAGAAAGAACGCUCUCAAUAUGAACAAGAAGAGGAAUACAGGCUUCAAGAUUCGUGUCGACACCAAUGACUCGAAGCGAUUUGAAAUCUUCGAGAUGGAUUUCAACUUUGACUAUCAGUACACUGCUCCUUACUUUGUCUUGCGUGCAAAUUGUGAAGCGUAUCUCGGGCUGUCCAAGACAGAGCGAUUUGUUGAUCUGCUGCUCAACUCAAAGGUGGUGGGUAAGGAUCGCAAAGAUGCGCUCAGCGUUCUGAACCUACAGUUUCAAAAGACUUGUGACGUCUUCAUUCAGCAUUUGAGUGACGCAGAGACUUCUGGUCUGCAUCAGCAACUGAACUCUCUUGACAAAGAGUUCAUGGAUGUCAAAGCGAUGUUCGUAGAGUUGAUCGCUGCUGUCGAGAAAAACCCCAAACUUGGAGAAAAUCAAAAGAAGACGCAAGGAAAGGAGCCCAUGGAAUUUGAACAUGAAUACUUCGCAUGGCUGAUUUCAAAGAAGUUUUCAUACUUCCUUGAUCGUGAAGUCAAUCUCAGAACCCAGCAGAUCUUUGAUUCUGCACUCAACCAUGCCAUGACCCACCAUAUCGCGAAGUUGCAUAUCCAAACAAUCAUCCCCACGUUUGAAUCAUUGAGCUCUGCCGUCGAGGUUGUUCAGCGAGCGUUCCGCUCGUUUCUCUCGCGCAGAGCGAUCAGGGAGUGUGAGGCGUACUGGAGCAGGAUAACAGGAAGCAUCCUCUUUGAAGGCCCGGUAGAGCCCUUGCAGAAGAACUUCAUCGUGUCGGACGGACCAGAGGUCUGGAACUACUACCGCGACCACUCCAUCUCCAUCCAAGUGCCGGGAGGAGGAGGAGAGGUGGAAACAAGGAUCAUUCGGCGGUACACAGCCUCGAGGCAGGUACAAGUGCAGACUCCCUUCUCCUUCGUCCCUUGCAAGGGCCUCAGGUACGACAUGAACCAUCCCGAUGAUCCGCGAACGGUCGAGGCGAUGCGACGGGACCUCUUCCUGACCGAAGACUUGAGUCACUCCGGCAUGAUCGGCAAGCAGGAGCUGCAGAGGAUCUUGUUGCUGGUGGGGGUCCAGCAGGACCUCGAGGACUGCGAGGAGCUCGUGGAGAGGUAUGGGAGUAAGAGCUCGGGCAAGGUGACGUUGCAGGAGUACCUCAAGCUCAUGAAUGACAAGACCAGCGCUGAGCACAAGGCAAGAAGUAUGCUGCACAUAAGCAAGUCAGAGGCUUCGUCCCUGUCGCACAGAGUCAGCAUCGUCUCAUCCUCCAUGCCUCCCUCCUACGUCAGCGGGAGGCAGUUUGGCAGCGCAGACGACUAUGAAAGUGAGGUCGAGGUAGCCGGAAUGUGGGCCUUCUUCGGAGAGUACAGAGACUUUGCUGGUGAGGUGGUGCGGUCAUGGCCAGACAAUUCUCUUCCAGAGAUCUUGAACGAUGUCUCCGGCAAGGUGGUGGUGAUCGACUUUGAUCAGGACAACUUCUUAGAACAGGCUCAAAACGCUUCAGACUGCGGAGCUCGCGCGAUUCUGUUUUCCCAGCACACCAUCGCAUCUGAGAAACACUUCUCGCAGGAUUUCUUCUCGGAUUCAAAGGCAAAAGCUCGCCAGUUUCCUCUGCCGAUCAUCAUGAUACAUCGGCAACAUAAGCGAAUGCUGCUCAACGGUUCGUUGGUGAGAGUUGAGAUUGUCAACCCCGACAAGAAGAACAUGUUUUCAUGUUGGCCUUGCAAGGCAUUGAGUGUGAAUGAAAUUGAAGAGAACAUCUCGAACAGCAGAGAAGAGAUGGAGAAUAUCUUCAUGAAAGCACUCAACAGCGUCAUAGAAGAAGCUUCUGUCUUCGGUUCAACCAUGCAGGAUGUGGAAGUUUGGAACGAUGAUGAAUUGAAUGAGGCGAUGAAAGCUAUCCACUGGAACGUGAGCGUGCAAGAGAAGAACAAGGACGAAAUUCGUCUUGGUCUGAAGUUCACCAACGCUAUCCACCCGCAAACCAAGUUCGAGAAGCUUGUGGAGCUUCAGUUGAACGGCGCAAGCUUCCUACCAACGUUGCCUUCACCUCAGGACCAGUACUUCAUCAAGCUCAGAUGUCAAGAAGAGACAACUGAAACAGCAAAGAUGGAGGGGAACGACAGUCCCUUUUGGGGGGAGAACUUUCAGUUUCGUCUCACAGAUGAUAAAGUGUUGAAAGAGACCUUGGUGGAGAUCAAGGAAACUUUCGACAGGAUUUGCGACAACGAUUCGAUCUCAGUGAACGACCUGCCGAAACUCUUCGGAGAGUUCAACACCUUGCUGCAGAACGAAGAGGCCACGAUGAUCCUCAAGAAGUACGACGCCAACAAGAACGGGACGCUUGAAUGGAACGAGAUCGUGAGACUGUACCAGGACUUCCAGCUUGCAAACUUCUACAUCGAGCUGGAACUUUGCUUUCAGUCCGGCGAAGAAAGUUUCAAGAUCGGACACAGCAUCAUCACCCUCCCCGAGAACCCGACGAAGAGAUCCGAGAUGAUGGUCUACAUCCAGAACGACGUCGGGAGGUUUCUCAUGAACGAGGAGGACUGCAUGUCCUUCGUACGCGUGGAGGUGCAGGUGCUGCAGUAUUCCUCCAUGCGGCAAGAAGCCUCGCCGGCCAGUAAAGCCGUUGCCCUGCUGUUGAGCAACGGAGCUGUGAAGGAGGAGCUGAAAGCAGCUCGAGCCAUCGACUCUGACAAGUUCUCGACCUGUCUGGUCCUGCGCAAAGUUGUGCCUGACAUCUCGGAGCACCCUCACCGCCUGUUCCGCUGCUUCGUCCACGACGAGACGGUGACUGCUAUCUCCCAACUCAACUCUUCCGUCUUCUACUUCGAGCUGCAGAGCAGCAAGGUGCUGCAGGGCGUGAAGGCGUCAGUCUUGAAGUUCUUCCACGAGGAGCUUCACAUGAAGAUGAAGGCCAUGGCGUUCGACGAUUUCCUCUUCGACGUCUUCGUCCCUCCUGAUCAAGGGCGAUGUAUCCUGCUGGAAGUCUACCCGUUCAGUGACAGCACUGACGCUGCUCUGUACGACUGGAGCAGCGAAGAUGAUCGGAGGAUAGUGCUGGGCGACAAGGUGCCGAGGUCCCAUCGCAGCACAAAAGACGCGCGGAGGACGAGCUUGCUGUUUCCCCCUUGCGAUGUCCGUGUUGCCCGCAGCCCGAGGCGCCAUGUUGUUUCAACCCUGCCCGAGAGACUUCAGAACUGCUUCAAGCGAGUUCUAGAGGAGAAAAAGUUGUCACAUCUGUUGGAAGAGGAAGAGAAUCAGGAAGAGGAAGAGAAGACUGAAGUGCAUGAGCGAUCAGGAAUGAGGUUGUUCAACAUGACAAGCUCCAUCCUCCAAAGAAAAGUAAAGAAGAUGACCACUAGGAAUCUCAAGUCUCCUCGAACAGAAGGUCAAGUGAAGACGAGAGUAUGUACAGUAUCGUGA